GUUUUGUGGUUUAUGGGAGGUUAGAAUUUGAAGCAUUUGAAUUUUCAAACGAAUAUAAGCAAAAACAAACUUUUACUAUUAUACAUUUAGUUAAAAACCAAUUAUGUGCGAAGAUUAUUUAGUAACGUUUCAUAAAGAUGAUCUUUUGGAGAUAUUGAAAGAAGACCAAACUGCUAAACAUUACUCCAUCCAGAUAAACUUUAUAGUUCUUCUAGAGCAUCAGCCUGGAAUAGUAAAUCAAUUGUUGAAAAGUCCAGAAGCAUGUCUGAAAAGAUUGGAUGAUGCAGCUGUUAAAUCUCAAUUAUUGCUGCUCAAAGAAAUUGAUACAAAAUGCCAAGUCAAGAACAACAUACACUGUCGAAUUUAUCAUUUGCCAGACUUUCCAAAAAUGAAAAGAUUUAUUUUUCCAUGUAACAGUGAUGCUGACCAGUUUCUACAAAUAUCUGGUACAGUGAUGAGAGUGACUGCCGCUAAACUAUUAGAAUAUCAACGUAAUUAUAUAUGUGUGAAGUGUAAAACAUCCAUGUUGGUACAAGCAGAGUAUGAUAAAAACUAUAUAAUCAAAGAACCAAAAAAAUGUCCUAGCUGUUUCAAUUCAAGUUUUUUAAAUUUUGGUGAACUUGAUAACGAAAACUGCAAAGACUAUCAAGAGAUCAAAAUACAGGAGGAUGUAAAAAGGUUGGGCGUUGGAAGUAUACCAGAUACAAUUUGGGUCACUUUGGAAGACGACUUGGUUGAUACAUGCAAACCCGGUGAUAACAUUACUAUAUGUGGAAUUCUAAAAAGAAGAUGGGGUGAAUUUGACAAGGGCAAGAAAAUUUCGAUAUCCCUAGCCAUGAAAGCGAACCAUGUUCAGGUAGACAAUAUCACUACUAGUUCAGCUUCAUCAUCCCCAGAAAUUAAGGAAUUUUUUGAUAAUCAUUGGAAGAACUACUCCGCCAACCCGUUAGAAGGCAGAGAUAUUAUUUUGAAGUCCCUGUGUCCACAGUUAUACGGUCUUUAUCUAGUCAAACUGGCGAUAGCAGUGGUACUGGCAGGCGGUUGUCAAGCAGUCACAAGUAGUCACACUGGUAUCCGGACCAGAUCUGAAGCUCAUUUAUUGCUAGUAGGUGAUCCUGGUACUGGAAAGUCGCAGUUAUUACGAUUCGCAUCGAAAAUUGUAACCAGAUCUGUACUAACAACUGGUAUCGGAUCCACUGCAGCUGGUCUAACUGUUACAGCAAUGAUGGAACAAGGAGAAUGGCAACUCGAAGCUGGAGCUUUAGUAAUGGCAGACGGUGGAAUAUGUUGCAUAGACGAAUUCAACUCAAUGAGAGAGCAAGAUCGAACGAGUAUACAUGAGGCAAUGGAACAACAAAGCAUCAGCGUCGCAAAAGCCAGUAUAGUUUGUAAGCUUAACACUAGAUGUUCUAUUUUGGCGGCAUGCAAUCCGAAGGGAAAUUUAGACAUCUCACAACCAUUAUCGUUAAAUGUGGCUUUACCAAGUCCAUUGCUAAGCAGAUUUGAUCUAGUAAUGUUACUUAAAGACAGCGUAAAUGAAGAGUGGGAUAGUAAAGUCGCUGAUUAUAUACUGAAUGAAGGACAUAGCAAGUCCAAGUUGUUGAACAAUAAUCUAUGGACUAUCGAAAUGCUACAGUGUUAUAUAACAUGGAUAAAAAAAAUUACCCCGAAACUAUCAGAGGACAGUGAAAAUAUACUGAGCGCAUACUAUCAGUUACAGAGAAGAUUAGAUGGUAGAAACAAAGCUAGAACUACUGUACGCUUGUUAGAAAGCUUGAUCAGUUAUCCUAUUUAUCUCAGAUUAUCCCAAGGCCACGCAAGAUUGAUGUGCCACGAAAGGGUCGAAGCAAUUGAUAGUAUUUAUGCUAUUGUAUUGGUGGAUACAGCCAUGGAAAAUGAAUCAUCAAUACUAAGUUUGAAUGUGAACACCAACAGCUUAUUUCCUGAAAGACCUGAUGUUUAUUAUAAGACAAUCCUUACCAAUGUUUUAGAAAAACUGCAAUUAUUAGAGUUAUUGGAGAAAGAAAUAAGCAAUAUGAGUGACAGUGCGUCCAGUAAACGAGUUGAAUCAAGAUUUUUCCACAAACAUAGAAGUGAUGAAUCAAAGAAAACUACAUAUAAAGUUGUGGAAGGAACAUUAGAUGACUACAAAGAAGUUCCUGUUUCUAAUAAUGGAAAUCGAAAUGGUGAUUGUGAAGUCCUUAACAGUUUCAACGAAAAUCCUCAAAUAACGAUUGAAAACCGAAAACCAUCUCAAAAUGGAAACGAUGAUUUACAGAAAAUUAACACAAAAGUGCCAAAUAGGAAUGCGGAAAAUGUAGUAUCUACAAAAGACAACAUAAACAGGAAAACAAAAAAUAAUUCUUUACAAUAUACAAGCGAGCCUGCCAAAUAUACUGAUAAAUGUAGUAAUGUACAAGAUAGUGGAAUUCAUUGUUCACUAGAUGACGAGCUAUUUAAUCCGCAAAUUAACAAUGCACCUAAAAUGAAAAAUACAUUUAAAACAGAAUCGGACAAGAACAAAUGUUUCCAAUCAAUGUUUGAAGAUACACCUGAUACUGUAAUGAAAGUUGGCGAAUCUCUUAACAAAAAAGAAAACAGAUAUCAUAAAAAAGCCAUACAUUCUGUACAAGGUUCUAGCAAUAAUACUAAAGAUGAGAGGCAAAAUGAAGAACAAGCAUCCACACGACCAGCUAACAAAAGUUCAGAUUCUCAAAGCAAGAAAAAUUUAUUGCAUAAAUUCAAAUUUGUCAGACGUGAUAAAGAUGUCACGGAUACAGAUAUUCAUAAUAUUACAAGAACUAGUACUAAAGCUGUGACACAAAAUGCAGAUGAUCUUGUUGACAAAGUAGGCAUGUUAUCAAAAAGGAUCAAACUUGUCACAUCAACAAGCUAUGAAAAAAAGUCGAUUAUGUCUAUAAAUAGCAAAGAUACGGCUAAUAGUACCAGUGAACCUUGCAAAGAGGUUGUUAACAUUACAAGUACAAAUAGUAUUAUUUCAAAUAGUCAAGAGAGAAUUAUUGAAAAAAGGAGCGAAAAGAAUAAAUUCGAUCUUAUCGGCGGUCAUAAACCCUGCAGAGUUCAGAAUAAGGGUACAUCCGAUACUUCACAGAAAGCUUCAUGUUCUGAUGAAGGUAAACUGAAGUGUAAACAACUAUUGAUCAAUAAAAAAAGUGACGACUCGGUAAAAAAUGACUUACAACUGUUGAAGUUUAUGCCAGGAGUAAAUGAUGUUUUCAAUAUGGAUUUGGAUAUUGAUUGGAAUGAUGAUUGUACUACAUCAAUGUUUUCGCAAAACUCAAAAGCUAGUAGUGGCAGCACAUUGGAUUCUGGUAAGCCUAUUAAGUGCAGCUUCGGACAGUUUGAUGAUGAUAGUGAUUUGGAUUUAGAUAUCUGACAUGCAGUUUGACAUAAAGAUAAGGUGAUCUCAGAGGCAGGGCUUCAAAACUGUUAGCACAAAAAGUUUGAUUUCAGAUCAUUUACCCUGAAAUGCUUUGAUGCAGUCAUUGUAAAUGAGUAAUUGAGUAAUUGGUGCGAUUUUGAAAAUAAACAUUUUUCGUUUGUAUUCCGUGUUCCCUUCAAUGACGCUAUGCGGUUUUGGAAUCAAACGUGAUGUAUGUAUGUAUCGGGUUCUUAAGGCGGUUGGCCACGUUAUUGUAUAUUGUUUUUUUUGUGGCCGCUGAUUGCAUUCUUGUGAUGGUCUGUGGUAGUAUGUGCUUUAAUGAUGCUGUUAUUAGAUUACACAGCAAUUAGAUUGAAAGCAAUAACUCUGUUACCGCAAAUUUGACAACGUCGCGUUAUGCGGUCAUCACUGAUACCUUCUAUCGUUUAAUGCAGGGUUUAAUAAAUGAGCUGUCAUCUAGCGGAUUCUAGGUCUCUUUACGGCUCCUAAGUGGAGCAGAGAGCGUCGGUGAAAAUGCGCCAUAGAGUAGUUUUGCGACAGCGGCUUCACUUCGUUUCACGUUUUGCCUUGACUUCUGAAUCUUAAUUGUUCAUAAUUGUGAUACGAACAUAUUUCCUAUGGUUCCAGUUGAAAACUGAAACCAAUUACGAUAAAGCAAUACAUACUGAUAAGAAGCGUCGGAAAAACCUUUGAGGUAGAGAUUUGAUGCAUUUCAAUCGUUGUCUUUAUAAAGCGCUUUAUUAAAAUGUUUACACUAUAGACGAUAAAUACCAUGUUCUGGAAAAUAUGGCGGCUCGAAAAAUAUGUUUAGUCUGUAUCCUGUGGUACGAUUCUGUAGUACGCGUCGAUGAAGCCCUCAGUUAUAGUUAAGGGGUACAAACAUAGUUUUUGAGAAAGCCAAUGAACAGUAAGUAGCAUUUCUAUGAUAAUGAAACAAUCCGUUGUAUUUACCAGUUUAUUUGUGAAAUAAUAGUUAUUCAUUAUUCGAUUUGUUAUACAUCCUCUUGUUUGACGUUAUUCGCCUCCAAAACUUGUAAGCUGUAAAUAUAAG